AAGAAGGAACCUGCUGCUGGUGCUGCUCCUUGCACUCUGUGGCUGCAGCCAGCAUACGCCUGAGGACCUAUAUAAUAAGAAGCUGCAUCCAGAAGGAUACUUACAUCCCAAACCAUUAUUUCCUAUCACUGGUGUUUUUUUUCUCUCUGUGGCUGGUGUUUUUUUGUUCCUCCUUUAUUUUUAAACCAUCUAUAGAAAAAUUGAUAUUUAUAGAUAUUGGUCUAAAGCAUCACAAAACGGAUUUGGGGGAUUCGUUUCAGGGAUUGUGAGACAUGCGUUCAGUAAGGAAAAGGUGGACUAUCUGCACCAUAAGCAUCCUCCUGAUCUUUUACAAGACGAAAGAGAUCGCAAGACCGGAGGAGCACCAGGAUUCCCAACUCACAGGAGAGGGUGAGCUAACGUUAAGUAGACUGAUGGUAAACAACACUGAUAAAAUACUAAGAAAGGAAGGAUCGGCAAUCUUUCACCAUGCCGGAGAAGGUUGGAAAAUCAAUUCUUCAUUGGCUCUGGAGAUUAGAAAGGAUAUUCUCCGAUUUUUGGAUGCGGAGAGGGAUGUGUCUGUGGUUAAAAGCAGUUUCAAGCCGGGAGAUGUUAUUCAUUACGUUCUGGACAGACGCCGCACUCUAAAUAUUUCACAGAACUUACAUAGUCUGCUGCCUGAAGUAUCGCCAAUGAAGAGUCGGAGGUUCAAGACCUGCGCAGUUGUUGGUAAUUCUGGGAUCCUUCUCAACAGUGGAUGUGGCAACGAGAUUGACAGCCAUGACUUUGUAAUAAGGUGCAACCUGGCACCAGUGGUGGAAUUUGCUGCUGAUGUUGGAACUAAAUCGGAUUUUAUUACCAUGAAUCCAUCUGUGGUACAGAGAGCAUUUGGAGGCUUUCGCAAUGAGAGCGACAGAGAGAGAUUUGUCCAUAGACUAUCCAUGCUCAAUGAUAGUGUCCUGUGGAUCCCAGCUUUCAUGGUCAAAGGUGGCGAGAAGCAUGUGGAAUGGGUUAAUGCAUUAAUCCUUAAAAAUAAACUGAAAGUACGAACUGCAUAUCCAUCACUGAGACUCAUUCAUGCUGUCAGAGGGUAUUGGUUAACUAACAAAGUACAAAUAAAGAGACCAAGCACUGGCCUUCUCAUGUAUACAUUAGCAACCAGAUUUUGUGAUGAAAUUCAUCUAUAUGGAUUCUGGCCCUUCCCCAAGGAUGUUAAUGGAAAUCAUGUUAAAUAUCAUUAUUAUGACGAGCUGAAGUAUAAGUAUUUUUCCAGUGCCGGUCCACACAGGAUGCCACUGGAAUUCAAGACUUUGAAUUUAUUACAUAACAAAGGGGCACUUAAACUCACAACUGGAAAUUGUGUACAGCAAUAAAACACACUGAAACUUGGUGGCUAAGGAGAAUAAAUCAUGUUUCCUGGGAUACAUCGUCACUGGACUUUUUACAGGACAACUUUGUUAGAAGCCUAAGCUUUCGAAAAGUGCUUAAAGCUGAGUUACUGUUGCUCAUUGAUAUGUUAAUUGCAAGGUGCUAUAAGUUGAGUUAAAAUGCCAGGAUUUUGAAGCAAGUGCCACUUUCGUCGAUAGUAAGCCUGAAUGUUUAACUAGUGUUUACAAGACCUAAAAAAUGCAGUCACAAUGAACCGAAAGAAUGAACUUGAAUCGAUAUCCAGAGUUUGCAGCAGAAUGAGAAAUCGGGAUUGCUGAAAUGGAUAGAUUUUCUGCAAAGUCUCAUGAGAAUACGGUAACUAGUUUACAAUCAAAUUUGAUAAUCUGUAUUAAUUUAACGGUUUCUUGCUAAUGAUUUUGAUUGCUCUUGUAUCAUAGAUUUGUAAGAAUUUUUGGUUUUGUAAGCUAGGAUUUGCAAAUGAAUGUAGUACAUCGGAAAAGGAAAUGAUAUCAAUUUGAUAUAACUAUGAAACAAGAUUGCCUGCCAUGGCGUUGGACUCAACCUUAUUAGAUCAUCCUGGUUAACCAUUUAAGUGCCAGUAUUGAUUCCAGACUUAGAUCAUGUAUAAUGAUCAGGCAUCAAACAAUUAUAUGUUGAAAAAUCACAAUGCUUUCAAAAACAGCAAUUUUAAGCCAUGGUAAACUUUUCAGUGCAUACUGGACCCUGGAACAACCAUGUUGCUACCAAGAAGACAAGAGAAAAGACACUUAUACCUUUAAUAUUAUUUAAGAAGCUUUGGUUUAUAAAUUAUGGGUGCCCUUACUUUUGGUACCAAAGAUUUUAAUGAUUUUGUAUAAAUUUGUGAGGUUUUUGUUCUUUUUGUUUUUAUAUAUAAAACAAGAAAACAAAUGUGCAUUUAUUACUGCAAAGCUAUGCUGCUGGUAACAUCUUACAGUAUUAUUUUUUAUUGUUUUUUUUUCCCCACUGAAAUUCUUCAUGCUUUAAUUUUAUAACACGUGAUGUAGAUUAUUUUCACUCAAGUUGAGUGUUUACAUUAUUUUGUGUCUACUGAUUUUUCUCGUCUUGUUUUAGUUUUAGCCAGUCUUGUAGUUUACGUAAAUAAUGGUGAUAUUUCUGAAAAACAAGAAAUGGAAGCUAAAGAAUAAAAAUGUGGCAUUGCUUUUUUUCUGAGAUCCGCACUUUCCUAGAGCAGUUGCAUUUAAUACAGUAUUAUAGGCAGUGCCAUUUUAAAUGUCUUUGAAACUUGAUCUAAGAAAGCAGUUUUGAAACAAGCAAUGUUUAAAUUAACUGCACUUUAGGAAAUUUAAUUAGUUUUACAUAAAAAAUAGAGGUUUGGUUAUUCCA